UGUGGGUUGCUUUGGGAGUAAUAAAGCUGGAUUUUCACCCCCUCAAAUAGUUGAUAAGAGCUUCAUCAGCCUGUGAGGAAAGUUGAGGCAGCAUUUUCCUUCACAUAAAGUACAAUACCAGAGAAACUCCACCCACUGCUGGGUGUCACACUCAGUCCAGACGUGUCAAGGAGCAAAUCAACUCGGACACCGGCUGCGAGGCAGCGCACUGACUGUGGACGGGAGACAAAACAGCCAGCUGAGAAAAGUAUUGACGUUUUUAACUUGAAUGCGUUUUUGUGAUUUUAAAAUAUGUUAUGGGGUUGUUAGGAUAGGUUUCUCCAGCGGGUAUCAACGUGGCGUAAAAUUAUAGUCGUGCGUAAAAGUUAGUUCUUCCUUUGACGACCAUGCGCAGUUUCUCUGAGCCGUGCGUCCCAGGCGCAGCUCCACACGCUUUUCCAACAAGAGUCGGAGAUGCGCCCCUUCGAGGGACUGUCCUGAGCGGACCCCCGCUGAUCUCAGCCAUGGCUUUAUCCCCUCGAGGGUCUGCGGAGCCCCGCUUGGAUCCGAUGAUUCACACGUCUCCGCCUGGUCAGUCUGCGAUUUUGUGUCGGCCUCUCGAAAUUCUGGAGGGAGGGGAGAUGCAAGACGAUCAGCCCAAAGUUUAUUUGGAGGCCGGCGACCUUUGGAGACAAUUCCACAAACGCGGCACUGAAAUGAUCAUUACAAAGUCCGGGAGGCGCAUGUUCCCGCCGCUCAGGACCAGGUGCGUCGGGAUGGAUAGAAAGGCCAAAUACAUUCUCCUGAUGGACAUCGUGGCGGCCGAUGACUGCAGGUACAAGUUUCAUAACUCCCGGUGGAUGGUGGCAGGGAAGGCGGACCCGGAGAUGCCCAAACGCAUGUACAUCCACCCGGACAGUCCGGCCACGGGGGAGCAGUGGAUGUCCAAAGUGGUCAACUUCCACAAACUGAAACUGACCAACAACAUGUCGGACAAAUACGGAUUUACAAUUCUCAACUCGAUGCACAAAUACCAGCCGAGGUUCCACAUAGUGAAGGUGAAUGACAUCCUCAAGCUGCCGUACAGCACCUUCAGGAGCUAUGUCUUCUCUGAGACUGAGUUCAUCGCAGUGACAGCGUAUCAGAACGACAAGAUCACGCAGCUGAAAAUAGACAACAAUCCUUUCGCCAAGGGAUUCAGAGACAUGGGCAACGGGAGAAGAGAAAAGAGGAAACUACAACAUUCAUCACAAAAACCUAAAGAGAUGCGGAUGACCCUCCUGAAACCUGAACCUAUUCAAGAUUCACCUCCACAGUAUCCAGACAAUCCCAUAUCUCCAGAUGCCGAUGAAAGUGAUGUUGAUGAAAAUGAUCAUGUUGUGGACAUUCUUCAAGAGAAGAAAGAAACGAAACCAGGGCCAAAGGUUUCCAUCACAGGCAGCAGGGUACAGACUCCAGACAGAACACAGAGAGAAACCGACUCAAGAAGCAGCCGCGUCCUCAGUACAACAGCUGAUGGAGCGAGUGGAUCUGAGCCACAGGACUCAGAGAAGGAACAAAUGUGCAAAUUGCACAGCAACGUUGCUCAGAGUUGUGUUUAUCCACUGGAAUCAAACACCCACCUGUGGGAUCCGAGCAGCCUCAACAGUGUAUACCGCUCGGCUCAGGUGAACACCUGGAACAGCUGCACCGCUGUGGACAGAGCGGCAUCGUGUGGACUGAACCUGGCAGCAGCCGUCAGGACUCCAUCAGCUGCAGGGUUUCCCUUCAGCCUCCAACAGCACGCACUGGUGCAGGACCUGUUGGGUCUUUCCCACUUUGGAGGCCUCGUGUUUUAUCCCUACACCAGCCUCUCUCUACGGUCCAAAGUGGAUUUCAGAGCCUGCCCGAGUGUCCACAGCCGGGACUACUUCACCCCUCCGAUGUUAUCUUCAUCUGUUCCUCGUGUGAUUGGCGGCCGAUUGAAAUAUCUCAUCCCUGAUCUGCUACUGCUGCCCACAACAGAGCAGGAGAACUUGGUUGACGAUGCUGACAUUGACUGCAGUAAGGACGAGUCACAAACAGGGAGACAAUUCUGAUCUAAUCUUAAAUGGAGUUACUGCUGCUCUGAAAUGUCCCUGCAUGAGGUGGACCCACUCCCAGCUACACACUUGAACGGCUCUUCUGUGAAUGUCAAAAUGAAAAUUGAGGGUCAACUAGCAUUUUGGUAAAGUCUGUAUCUUCCUGAAAAUGUGACCCAAGGUUGAAUCACUGUUUUGAUGAAAUUUGUUUUAUUUCAACAAAAUGUUGCCGAGUUUGUAAAUAACAUCCUAAAUUGUUAUAUAAUUAAAAUGAAGGUUGGUGGAUGA